ACCAUAAAAAACAGGCUGUUCAGAACCUAUGACAGCCCAGAAAUGAGCCAGAUAGAGCAUGGAGAUACCAUCCACAGAACACGAACAACAAAUCAGCAACGCGGGCAGCCCGAAAAUGACAACACGUCACGCCACCUCAGAUACACUCUGGCAAUAACAGCAGCCGCCUAAUCAUUCCAGCACGCCUUCAGAGUGAGGAACCGGCUCAUUUUGAAUGACACGCACAUGAGCAAACAUUGUUUUAGAUGUGCAUACUUUAUACCACCUGGGAGGACUGCUGACGUUCGUUUUGUGAGGAAUGAGUAUAUUCACUAUUUGUAGAAUUCGCGGUGUGCAUGGGAAGGCAGUGGGCUGAAGGUUUGUCAUAUGGGGGGGAUGCAGGGCAGCAGGGUUGAACUGGAAAUGAAAAAUGUGCUGAAAACUGGGCUUAGAAACCAGAAAUAAUCCAAACACAAUAGUACUAACCAGUAAGGCCCUCUAGUCCACCAGUCUUUGCACUCUUCAUCCAAAGCCCCCAGCUGACCCUAUUCAUCUUCGCUAAGGCGACCGGCCUCAUUCCAGCCAGCUGGAUCAGGUUAACCGAAGCAGCUGAAAGUCAGCAAUUCAUAUGAAAAAAAAAAAGAAAUAAUAAUUACAGGGAGCUUACUGUGUUUGAAAGAAACCUUUCAUAGUGCAGAAGAGAAAGAAUGGCAGACUGUAGAGACAUGGUUUCACUAGAAUCUGGUGCCUGGUGACAUUUGCACAUCUUCCUAAAGCUUCUCUCGAGGGCCACUAUUCCUUGCCAAAAUCUCCCCAGAUGACCACCCACCUGCGCACACAGAGAGGCGUGCUGGGAGCUGGACACGGCCUGCGGGAGCAGGGCGACAUGUAACGACAGCGGGUCGGCGGGAAGCUGACUCGAAUCCCGCAGAGCUGCACACCUCUGAACAAAACACGGCACGCUGCAUGAACGGUAUGAAGCUGAGAGGGAGUCCCAAAGAGGCAUCCAGGAAGGACCUGUGUGCGGAUCACAGAGAUGAGCUAAGGAGCGAGCCAGGUCCAGACCAAAGGUCCAACGGCGAGCGCUCACGCAGUCCCUCCUCCCCACAAGGUCUGGACCUCAGCUCAGCCCGGGUCACCAAGGGUCACCGGAAGCUGCUGCUGAAGAGUGCUUCGCAGGAGGUCGCCCGCGGAUCCUGGGGACGCCUUCUGCAAAUCCAGGAGGCCCGCAAAGGCCUGAUGCGCCACGUGUGCGGCCGCUACAGGGGCCGCAGCGCACGGACCAUCACGCCCCAGCACGUGUCCCGCAUCUACGUUGAGGACCGACACAAGCUGCUGUACUGUGAGGUGCCCAAGGCAGGCUGUUCCAACUGGAAGCGGGUCCUCAUGGUUCUGCAAGGCCUUGCCCCAUCCACACAGGAGAUCCAGCACGACGCUGUGCACUAUGGCAACCACCUACGCCGGCUGGACAGCUUCGAUCGCCGGGGCAUCGCCCAGCGCCUGGAGACCUACACCAAAGUGCUCUUCGUCAGAGAGCCGCUGGAGCGGCUGGUGUCAGCCUUCCGGGAUAAGUUCGAGAACCCCAACACCUACUACCAUCCGGUGUUUGGCCGUCCCAUCAUCUCGAGGUACCGAGCCAAUGCCUCGCAGGAGGCCCUGAAGACCGGCACCGGGGUGACCUUCAAGGAGUUUGUGCAGUACCUCCUGGACGUGCACCGGCCCGUGGGCAUGGACAUCCACUGGGAGCCCGUGGGCCGCCUCUGCAGCCCCUGCCUUCUGGAUUACGACUUCAUCGGCAAAUUCGAGACCAUCGAAGAGGACGCCAACUUCCUCCUUAGCAGGUUGGGUGCCCCACCAAACCUCACAUUCCCCAGCUUCAAGGACAGAAACCCCCAUGCAGAGAGGACCUCCGCCCAUAUCACACAGCAGUACUUCACAAAGCUCAAUUCGUCCGAGAGGCAGAGGGCCUACGACUUCUACUACAUGGACUACCUUAUGUUCAACUACUCCAAACCCUUCAAAGAUCUGUACUGAGAUCAGUUUGAUAUUGACGAAACUCGACAUUUCUUCUUUGUGCUGAUAUUGGGGGAAAACUUUCCCCAUUAUGAAUCUGCUUGGGAAUCUUAAUGCUUGGGAAUCUUAAUGCUGCUUGGGAAUUCUUGCAUCAUUUCUCGACGAAGAUAAACCUUUUUGCAAUCCUUAUUGUUGUGUAUUACAUAAUACUAAUUAACAUUCAAGCACAAGUAAGAAACACGUAUGACUGCUAUUAUUUCGGGGGGAAAACAUCUUCUGCAAAAAGCUGCAGACAUACCAAGAAAAGAAGUGCUAUGCCUUAGGCUUUGUCUAUGCUGUCUUUGACAUUUGCUACUUAACUCUCGUGUGCUGCUGGAGCUGAGCUCACAGCGCCACCUGGUGGCAAUCUCUGGUGUCAGGAAGGACGCAGCCAAUGGACUAGACUAGAGGAGCAGGCAUCUUACAUACCACAUAGCAGGCUGGUUCCUGUAUCUCCAUACUACAACUUAACAGUCAGAAGAAACACCAUCCAAGUCUAUCUCCAAGAGUGCCGGCAUCACAAAUCCAGUAUUUUAAAUGUAAAACGUAUAGAAGGUACAAUAUUAAGAGGCAUAUCUAUUUUUAUAUAUAUAUUUGUACACGAGGUAUAAUCAAAUUUUGUGUACGUGUGUGUCUGUAUGCUGGACAUUCAUUGCUUAUUUGUGCAACAUAUAAUUGGCUAAUUUUUACUGGCUAGAUGUCACUGCACACCUAAUUUUGGAAAGUCAGCCUUGGUUUCAGCAUGUGCUGGUUAUUGAGCAGUGAUAAAGUUCAGUUGGGCCAUCGUGUGUUUGCCUGGAUCUUUUACUGAGGAGAGAGAUGGGUAACUCACUGGCAAUGA